AAAUCCAGAAGGGUGACCAGUUGUAUUACUUUAUGUGCGAGUGCUCGAGCACAGUAUCAUACUCAGUACUCGAGUACUGCGAAUUCAUUCUUGCCGCUGGUGGAGCGGAGUUCCCACCCUCUCGGCAUGCCAUUAAUCGCCCCUCCUCCCUCCUCCCCCUUCAGCACAUAUUACCGUGUAGCCCGGAGUUGAGGUGCGUUUCUUAUCAGGCUGUUCGGGUUGAAGGGGUUUUUUUUUGUUUUUUCUGUUUUUUUUCUCCCUCUCACUUGGUUUUUCCCUUUGUUUCUUUUCUUUUUCUCCGCCUCUUUGCUUUCUUUCCUCUUUGGACUUUGCAUCAAAUAUUGAGACGAAGUUCCACGGUACGAGUACUCGUACAGUACCUGUCAGCACAUCAGUUUUUUUUCCCCUUCCUUUUUUAUUCCAUUUGCCAAUAUCAUUCUGUGAGCAUUUCUGUGUUCUACUACUUACCGUAUUGGGCAUGCAUUGUCGCCCCUUGCGCUUAGUUGGGUAGAACUUGAGGCACGAUACCGUAUGGGAAGAGGAGAAAUAGAGUGUCGCUCACCACUUCAACCUUCACCCCACACACCACUUGCAGACAAGGAGGAGGGAGACUCGCACCUUAUUAUCCUCUCCUCUUCUUUUCUUCCUUCUUUUCACCCUUACUCGAGAUCCCCCCCCCUUCCCCUUUUCAUCGAGGAGGAAAAAUAAAAAUAAAAGCAGAGAAACCCUGAGGAAAAAGAGUCUUCCUAACCUCCCAUUCCUUUGCUUUCGGUCGGGCUCCUUACCAUUACCUCUAUUCCCUGAACUCAUCACUCCCCGGUCGUCUCGCCUUGUCUCUGUGGCCAAAAUCCCAGGACCCCCCUCGCCAUCAAACUCCUUCUAAACUUGUCUACAGGCAAACUCGAACUCACACACACCACAUCACAUAUACGAUACAUAUCACACUCGCGGCCACCUUCUCCAAUCCUUCUCUCCUCAACUUCCCCCACACGUCACAUCCUCACCUGCACACCCUGAGCCGGCACGUUGCAACGCAGCAGCAGCAGCAUUCCUCCAUCUAUUUCAUCCACUACAUCCGUUCCUUCCAUCCUUACAUCUACACACUCAUCGAUUGUCCCCCGCUUAUAUUCCGGAUUUAACUUUGGUCGCCGCCUCUGUAUGCUGCCUGGUUUCCAUUUCGUUCGAGGUUUCCGCCGGUUUUUGGGUGCGGUCUUGUCUUAAAAUCCUUUCCCUUUACUGCCUUGUUAAAUUCCCGUCCGACGCCCUGUUUUCGCGACUGCGCUCCCGUCCGCUCCUUCAUCAUCACCACCAUCAUCAUCAUCACCACCACCACUAUCAUCCGUCCGCUUCUGCCGGCUGCAGAUAGUUGGAAUCCGGUUCCGGAUUGUUUUGCCCUUAUACUUAGUUUAAGCCGCACACUCGGCCCUUUAUUUUCGUUUAUAAAGUUGUAGUUACGAAUCGACGUCGGAUACCCUCCCAUCUCUUGACUCAACAAUCUUCGAAUUCCGCCACCCCUUACGCCCGGAAACUCAACAAAGCCGACCUUAGCUAUAUAUCGUACAAGGUUGGAAGAACUGUGGUGGCCCUAUCCAAACGGUCACGGCUUAUAUUUAUCGUUGGAAAAUGGAAGGGGGCGAUUACAGGAGACCCCUGAGUUUUAGCGCACGCCGAACGUCGGACUCGGACACUGGCGAUCUGGACGGCAGUGGGAUAUCUGGUAUGAGUUCACGUCCGGGUCGCUUGCCCGGGACAUCCAGGAGACCGGAGGCACUAACACAUUCACACCCCCGACCUUUGCCUACACCAACACGCCCUAUAGUGUCGCCCUUACAAAAUCUUCUCCCAUCUGCACCUGCAAGCCCACCUACCCCAGCGCCAUCACCAACACCGCAGAUCCAUCGCCUGCCAACAUGGUCGACUGCGAGUGAGAAUGAGGAUGCUUUUUUAAGGGAUGCUAGACCUCACUUUAGCAGACUGGAUUCCCAGGAGCGGCAGAGAUUUUUGGCCGAAAUUUUGAAUCUUUGCGAUUCGCAGCAGCUCAGUUUCGUGCUUAAUUACGUCUCACCUCGACUGAAAAAGGAUCCUUUCAAGUCUCUGCCGAAUGAGCUAUGUUUAAGAGUAGGCUCUAACAUUGAGUCAAUGAUCCCAAUCGAAUAUAUGCUAAAACCGUUUCUAGGUAAUCUCAUUCAUCGAUGACCCGAAAACACUAGCAAGAGCAUCACAAGUAUCCAAGCAUUGGCAUGGGCUUUUGAGUGAUGAUCUCACAUGGAAAAAACUUUGUGAGAAGCAUAGCUACAGACGUCUCAGCGGUGCUGCUGGGUACAGCUUGUCUAUCCAGAUGCAUCAUCACGACUCAGCUCUAUUCUCAACAAAUCCAAUAUCCCCUAAAGAAGCAACCUUUGCGCACACACUCCCAUCUACCUCCGGGUUCACUUCCGAAAUUUCACCCCAGAACAUGAGGGCGAAGAGAAGGCGACCGAAGGUUACUUCUUACAAAUCCCACUUCAAGCAGAGGUACAUGGUGGAGACUGCGUGGAGGACUGGUGGAAAGGCGAUAGCGAGGCAUAUUACACCUGAUCAGGGUGUUGUGACAUCGCUUCAUUUAACACCUGAAUACAUUGUCAUUGCCCUGGACAACGCCAAGAUUCAUGUAUUUGAUGCGGAUGGGCAACUCCUUCGAACCUUGACCGGACACGUGAUGGGUGUUUGGGCAAUGGUCCCGUGGGGCAACACAUUAGUAAGUGGUGGCUGCGACAGGGAUGUCAGAGUAUGGGAUAUGGAGAAGGGGUAGGUGCCUUUUGUGAUUUUGCUCUAUUAUGUUAUUGAGCUAACCCCGGUGAUCAUAGUGACUGUAAGGCCAUUCUGCGUGGUCACACCUCGACGGUGAGGUGUCUGAAGAUGAGUGACCACAAGACCGCGAUAUCCGGGUCUCGCGAUACUACCUUGCGGAUAUGGGACAUUGAGAAGGGAGUCUGUUUGAAUGUCUUAGUGGGACAUCAGGCUAGUGUUCGAUGCUUGGAGAUCCAUGGUGAUUUGGUUGUUAGCGGGAGUUAUGACACUACAGCAAAGGUUUGGAGCAUAUCAAAGGGGACAUGCCUGCGAACGCUUUCUGGUCAUUUCAGCCAAAUCUACGCUAUAGCUUUCGAUGGUAACCGUAUUGCUACUGGGUCGCUUGAUACCUCUGUUAGAAUUUGGGAUCCUCAUACUGGGUUCGUGACAUCCGUUUCUUCCACAAUGAAGGCGUGCGCUGAUCCUUGUUUCUGGUCUCCCAGAAAUUGCUUGGCAGUUCUCCAGGGUCACACAUCACUUGUUGGCCAGCUCCAAAUGCGUGGAAACACUCUUGUAACAGGUGGCUCAGAUGGAUCAGUCCGUGUAUGGAGCUUGGAGAAGUAUGCAUGUGUACACCGGCUCGCCGCUCAUGACAAUAGUGUUACAUCUCUUCAAUUUGAUGAGACUCGAAUUGUGAGCGGUGGAUCCGAUGGGAGGGUAAAGGUCUGGGAUCUUAGGACCGGUCAGCUCGUGAGGGAGCUUUCGAGCCCAGCAGAUGCUGUAUGGAGGGUCGCAUUUGAAGAGGAGAAAGCGGUGAUCUUGGCUUCCAGAGCUACCAGGACCAUUAUGGAGGUAUGUUAGAGUUGUUGCCUUUUCAUUCUUUUUUCCAUUCUUUUUUUUCCUCCGCCGCCUAACACCAAUCAGGUAUUCUCAUUUUCACCUCCCGCAGACUCCCUGGGAGAAUUCUACAGGGCCCCACGAGCCGUAUCAGAAGAGUCAUCUGGAGCCAUGGAGCCGGAUCAGGAGGCAGCGAUGGAGGAGGACGGUAUAUCUUGCGAGAUGGAGACAUAAUUCAACAUCCCAAAACGAUAUGCAAGGCGGCUAAACUAGGGUUCUUGGCUGGGGAAAACUCCCUUUGCCUUUGUGUUUGUUUGCUCAUUAUCGGGGUUUUGUUUUCCUCUUAAUUUUUAGUUUGGAAAGACGGGUGGGGCGUCAAUUGCUUGUUUGAUUUUCGUUGCCGUUUUUUCCACUCCCCUUAUCACUAUUCCCAUCGACUGUAUUUUCAAUCUUGGCUUUCUGUUUUCCCUUUUCUUAUAGCCCAUCUUUUACCUCCACCUUUGUUUUUCUUUCUUUCUUUCUUUCUGUUCUCUUGUUUUACCCCCAUUUCACUUUCUUGGUCUCAUUUUUGGAUGGCGGAGCGAUGGUAACUGUCCGAGUUGUUUUGCUGACGGGAUAUCUAUACAUACUGUUUCUCUUUGUCUUUUUGUUAUCCAUGCUUUCGAGUUCAUUGCAUGGGCUGUCAAAAAUGGAUGGGAAUAUCUGGCACUCUGGCAUCCAGCUAGAAUCAUAGAGUAUGAAAUGAUCAUAACUAAAGAAAGCCUGAUAGGUUGCGAUAAGUAAAAUAUGAACAAGAUGAUAAACUCCGAUUUGAUGCUAUAAGUUAGUGGGGGAUCUACUCGAGUGCUGGUAUGGCCGAUCCGAGAAUGAUGCCGGCCUUUGCACGUAGUCGGAAAUACGAAGGACCAAGUUUUUCCAGAACGGGGCCUGGCGGUCGGAUUCGAAGGGGUUGAAGUUUUCUGCUCCGCCUCGUAAGUUGGUGAUGCACGAUUGAACAUGCUAUCACAGAUUUCG